AUAAUAUUUUGAAUAUAUCUCAUUUAUUUUUAAUUACUACUAAUUAAUGUAUGUAUCUUGAUGAGUGAAAUAUUAGAAGAGCUUUGAACCAAUUUUGACCUUUUAAAGAUGCAAGUGCGCGCUUAAUUAACGACCAUAACCGUUCAUAUGAAAUUACCACACAGACAAAUUCCAUUUAAAAAUCUUGCUUCUCUCUCGGCCUCUCAACCCCAAAACAAAUCCUAUCAUAAUGCCGGAAUCUUUAUCGAUGCCCGAAUCGUCAAAACGGGUUUCAACCCAAUUACUUCUCGCUCCAAUUACCAGGUCAAAAGCCUUCUUCAAAGAGGCCAAUUAUCCGAAGCACGCGACCUGUUCGAUCAAAUGCCUCACAAAAAUACAGUCUCAGUAAAUAUGAUGAUUUUGGGUUACGUUAAAGAGCGUAAUCUUUCUAUCGCUAGGGAGCUUUUUGAUAGCAUGGUUGAUCGUACUGCUGUUACUUGGACAAUUUUGAUUGGUGGGUAUUGUCAGUUUGAUCAAUUUAGUGAAGCUUUCAAGCUUUUCUCUAAUAUGAUUAGGGAUGGUAAGAAGCCUGAUUAUGUAACAUUUGCCACUCUAUUGUCGGGAUGUAAUGAUCCGGAAAUGACCAAAGAAUUAUUCCAAGUUCAUACGCAUGUUGUUAAACUGGGGCACGGUUCGGCUGUUAUUAUUUGCAAUUCACUGGUUGAUUCUUAUUGCAAAAUGCAUCGAUUAGAUUUAGCUCAUCGGAUAUUUAAGGAAAUGGUUGAAAGGGACUCUGUUACUUAUAAUGCAUUGAUAACAGGAUAUGGAAAAGAAGGAUUGAAUGAAGAUGCGAUAAGGCUUUUCACCGAGAUGCAAAAUUUGGGGUUUGAGCCUUCGGAUUUUACCUUUCAAGCAGUUCUAUGUGCUUGUAUUGGUUUAGAUGAUAUAAUAUUUGGGCAACAGAUUCAUGGUUAUGCAGUGAAGAUGGGUCUUGUCUGGAACGUGUUUGUGGGGAAUUCAUUGCUUGAUUUCUACUCAAAGCAUGAUUGUGUAAAUGAUGCCUGGAAACUUUUCAGUAAGAUGCCAGAGUUGGAUGGUGUUUCUUGUAAUGUGAUGAUCACUGCUUAUUCAUGGAUCGGACAGUACCGAGAAUCUAUUGAUCUUUUCCGCGAGCUGCAGUUCACAAAAUUUGAAAGGAGGAAUUUUCCUUUCGCGACCAUGUUGAGUAUCGCAGGGAAUACUCUAGACUUGCAAAUGGGUCAGCAACUUCAUUCCCAUGCCAUUGUGACUGGUGCUGAUUUAGAAGUUCUGGUAGCAAAUUCUUUAGUUGACAUGUAUGCUAAGUGUGGAAGAUCUGAGUAUGCUGAAAGGAUAUUUGUGAAACUGAGCAGUAAAAGCACAGUUCCCUGGACAGCCUUGAUCUCUGCUAAUGUUCAGAAAGGACUUCUUGAAGAAGGUCUAAAACUGUUCAAUGAGAUGCGGAGAACCAAUGUAAGUGCUGAUCAAGCUACUUUUGCCAGUGUCUUGAAAGCCUCUGCAAAUUUGGCUUCAAUAUCAUUGGGGAAACAGCUACACUCUUACUUAAUUAGAUCAGGUUUUUGGUCAAAUGUAUAUUCUGGAAGUGCACUCGUGGACAUGUAUGCAAAAUGCGGGUCUGUAAAAGAGGCAAUUAGAACUUUUAAGGAGAUGCCGGGAAGGAAUGUAAUCUCUUGGAAUGCAUUAAUCUCAGCUUAUGCUCAAAAUGGGGAUGGUGAAGCCACUCUUAAAUCAUUUGAAGAAAUGGUUCUGUCAGGUUAUCAACCAGAUUCAGUAAGCUUCCUUUCCGUUUUAUCAGCUUGCAGCCAUUGUGGACUAGUUGAAGAAGGAUUGCAAUACUUCAGUUCCAUGACUAAAGUCUACAAACUUGUUCCAAAGAGAGAACACUAUGCGUGUGUGGUUGAUAUGCUGUGUAGAAGUGGACGUUUUGACAAGGCAGAGAAGUUGAUAGCUGAAAUGCCUUUUGAACCCGAUGAGAUAAUUUGGUCAUCAGUAUUGAACUCCUGUAGGAUUCAUAAGAACCAUGAUUUGGCAAAACGAGCAGCAAACCAACUCUUCAAUAUGGAUGUGCUUAGAAAUGCUGCCCCAUAUGUCACCAUGUCCAAUAUCCUUGCCGCAGCAGGUCAGUGGGACACUGUUGGGAAGAUAAAGAAGGCCAUGAGAGAGCGCGGACUCAAGAAACUUCCAGCUUACAGUUGGGUUGAAAUUAAACACAAGGUUCAUGUAUUUUCAGCAAACGAUAAGCAGCACCCACGAAUGAAGGAAAUCUUACAGAAAAUCGCUAGGUUAUCAGAACAUAUGGAAAAGGAAGGAUAUGUGCCUGAUGCAAGUUGUACUCUUCACAAUGUAGAGGAAGACCUCAAAAUCGAGUCAUUAAAGUAUCACAGUGAACGCUUAGCAAUAGCUUUUGCACUGAUAAGCACACCAGAGGGAUCACCAAUAUUGGUGAUGAAGAACUUAAGAGCCUGUACAGACUGCCAUGCUGCAAUCAAGGUUAUAUCAAAAAUAGCUAGAAGAGAAAUUACCGUUAGAGAUUCAAGCAGGUUUCACCAUUUCAGAGAUGGAUUCUGCUCCUGUAAGGAUUACUGGUAAAGCUUAAAAGACUAAAGCAAAUUGUUUUUCUCUA